AUGAUUCAAUUUGAUGUUGCUGCGCUUAAGGACUGGCUUAUAAAUAAAUUAAAACCUCUCUGUGUAGCCGACCCAAUUCCGCUAUCGCAGUACGUAAUUGCCCUGAUAAAAAAAGAUAAACCUGAGGAUCAGCUCAAAGAAAUUUGCGUUGAUCAACUUGAAGUAUUUCUUCAGGAGAAUACGGCUUCAUUUGUUGAGGAUCUUUUCAGAGCCCUUGAGUUGCAUUCAUAUGUUGGUCAUUCAGAACAGCUACCCCUACAGCCGUCGAAGUCCCGACAAGUCGCCAAUCAUGAGAUAAAAAAUUCAUCCCGUUCUCCAUCUGCGGAAGAUACCAGAAAACCCCCAAAAGACCGAUCCAGGUCUCCUGAAUGCAUAAGGCCCAAACAGCGCGAUUUCGUUAAAAAGCAUCUUGACGAGCCGCAUUCCAAAACGAAAUAUGUCGACUUACAUGAUGAUUCGAAUCGCCCAAAAACAUUCUCUCCUCAACUUCAAACUGGUUCCGAAACGCGGCGAUCUCGUGACCAAGAGCGGAAUCGAGAUCUUAAGCCUGGCAAGCAGCAUCAGACAGAUGAAUUCGAUUUACGCGUUCGGGAAAACGUUGUGACCAAGUAUGAGCAGAGAGAUCGUGAUAGAUCGCCAAAUAAUGACGUGCAGCAUCGCUCUCGGGAACUGCCUUCUUUGGACAAUAAUCGUUAUGUGCAUUGUGCAGGUGCCGAACGAACUACACCUGAUGAAAGGUAUGUAAAUAGAAGACAUAAGGGCAGGCAUCGCAACAAAUCACCUCCCCGGGCAGCUAUUUUGGUCAAUCAACAGGUGCAGCUUCCAACUAGGACUAAUCAAAGCCAAACGUUCCGAAGUCGCAUGGCCGACGACCCUGGAUUUUUGCACUCAAGUUUCCCCCAGUUACUCUCGCCUACAGGUCUCCAUAUAAACCCUAGCAACAAUUCUCAGUUUCCCAAAGAAAUGUCAAUAGAAAAUUCCUUAAGUUCAACCUCGGCUGCUGCUGUUUUACGUUGCUUGACGCAAAAUCCCGUUACUGAGUCGGAGCUUACAAAUGAGGAGGCUCUCUUGUUCGAACCUAGUUUGGAGACACCUCUCCUCCAACCUGAGCAACAGAAUGUCCCUGUUUACCGGCCAACUCCAAUUGACUCCGUGGGCCAUCUUGCAUCAAAUCAUUGUCUUACAACUGCAGUUUUGUCGGUUGCAGAGUUAGGCCUAAAUCAUACUCAGAUAUCACGGCGACCUCACUCGAGAAAUCGCAAACCAUCUGCUGAGGCUCGUCAUAUCAUCCCUCUUGUGGGUGGCACUGCUUCUAAUUUAGCCGUUCCACCAGCUUACGAACCAGACAGGCCUCAUUUCUCAAUGAUUGAUGCAAGUGAGGAGGUUUUUAAUAACGAAUUUCCUAAAGAACAAAAAGAAAUUGAAAGUAUCGAAGUCAAAGAUGUAGACGAGCGAACUAGAUUGAGAGGCAAUGAAAAUUCUGAUAAAGCAAAUUUAUUCUCCCAUAACGCAAUGAGAACGGAUGGUUCUGCUGCUUCUGAUUUAUCCUACAAGCCACUUCUAAUUUCUAGUUCCGAUGGAGUCCUUGGAAUGCCACCGAGACCAGUAACAAGUGCUCCUGCCUCUCUAUCUUGCUCACUGCUUGUAACAAAGUUGCCUUGGCAUUUAAAUGAUGUGACUCGAUUAUCGACUCAUUUUCAGCGUUUUGGCAAACUCGUUAAUGUCAUUACACAGUUUGACGGUGAAUCAAGCUCUGCCUUGGUGAAAUUUAGGACACCUGCCGAGGCAGAGGCCGCAUAUCGCAGUCCAGAUCCGAUUCUCUCUAAUAGAUUUAUUCGUCUCAGCUUUUGGCCUCCUAAUCAGCAUACAAGCACCGGCAUCAGGACACGUGGAAGGGGCUCUGCUGGCUCUCAUCGCCAAAACACGGUACGACAUAUCUUUUUAUUCUUUUAG